GAAGGAUCCUGGAUGGUUUGAUUUGGCCAUGUGCAACUGGAGCAGGAGCAGGAGCAGGAGCAGAAGCAAGCCGCAUUAAUUAAUUAAUCCUCUGAGCCUUGUCAAUUCAAUUGGCCGAUUUGUAGUUGCCACCAUCAUCCUACCUACGAGCAGAGCAGAGCGCACCGAUUCAGCGAGGAAAGGAAAGGAAGAGAAAAGCAAAGCGAUCGAUCGAGGAGGAAUCCGAAUACGAUGGACGGUCGUCCCUUGCUUCCGAAUGAGGAGGAGGAGGAGGCGCUCCCCGGCGUGUCCGACUUCCGCGGGCGCCCCGUUUACCGCGCCACCUCAGGCGGCUGGCGCUCCGCCCUCUUCGUCGCCGUGUUGGAGUUGGCCGGCAGCUUCGCCUACUUCGGCGUGUCGGCGAACCUGAUCACGUAUCUGACGGGGCCGAUGGGGCAAUCCAACGCGUCGGCGGCGGCGGCGGUGAACGCCUGGUCGGGGGCGGCCUGCAUGCUUCCUCUCCUCGGCGCCUUCCUCGCCGACUCCUUCCUCGGCCGCUACCCAUCCAUCCUCCUCGCCUGCACCCUUUACCUCCUGGGGUACGGCAUGCUGACGGUGGCGUCGUCGGUGGUGGCGUCCAAGUCACAGGUGGGCAUCUUGUACGUGUCGCUGUACCUGGUGGCCUUGGCACAGGGGUUCGACAAGCCAUGCGGGCUGGCGUUGGGCGCGGAGCAGUUCGACCCGGAGCACCCCAGGGAGAGCGCCUCCCGCAGCUCACUCUUCAACUGGUGGUACUUCUCCAUGGCCACCGGCAUCACCGUCUCCAUCGCCACCGUCAGCUACAUCCAGGAGAACGUCAGCUGGGGCGUCGGCUUCGCCAUCCCCUUCGCCGUCGUCUCCUGCGCCUUCCUCCUCUUCCUCCUCGCCACCCCCACCUACCGCCUCUCCUCCGCCGCCGCCAGCCCCUUGCUCUCGCUACGACACUACAAGCAGUCGUCGGAGGAGGCGCGCCGCAUGCUGCGCCUGCUCCCCAUAUGGGCGACGUGCCUGGCGUACGGCGUGGCGUACGCGCAGAUCAUGACGUUGUUCAACAAGCAGGGCCGCACGCUGGACCGCCACAUCGGCCACGCCGGACUGGAGCUCCCGCCCGCCGCGCUCCAGACGUUGGGGCCGGUCACCAUCAUGGUGUCCGUGCCCAUCUACGACCGCGCGGUGGUGCCAAUGCUGCGGCGCAUGACGGGCAACCCGAGGGGGCUGACCACGCUGCAGCGCACGGGGACGGGCAUGGCGCUGUCGCUGGCGGCGGUGGCGGUGGCGGCGGCGGUGGAGGGGCGUCGGCUGGAGACGGUGCGGGAGCAACGGCCGGCGAUGAGCUGGGCGUGGCUGGUGCCGCAGUACGUGGCGAUGGGGGUGGCGGACGUGCUGGCGGUGGUGGGGAUGCAGGAGUUCUUCCACGGCGAGAUGCCGGAGGGGAUGCGCAGCCUGGGGCUGGCGCUCUACUACAGCGUCAUGGGCAUCGGCGGCUUCAUCAGCAGCGCGCUCAUAUCGGCGCUGGAUGGCAUCACCAGGAGAGACGGCGGCGACGGGUGGUUCGCCGACGAUCUCAACCGAGGCCACCUCGACUACUUCUACUGGCUGCUCGCCGGCGUCAGUGCCGCGGAGCUGGCAAUGUUCCUCUGCUUCGCGCGCUCCUACGCCUACAGAAACGCCAACAAGGGGCCCCUGCUGCUUGUUGUACCAUCUAAUACUCCGGUUUCUCCUUGUACAAAUCAUCAUCAUGCAUGAUUAUUAUUAUUCAUACCACUAGUAAAAUACUGUAAUUAAUACUCACGAUACAAUAUGUAUAUAUAUUUUUUACAUAAUAAAUAAAUUAUAUUAAAACCGGCCUAA